AUGUCAACUCUGACAAUAAAUUCAAAUUCAGCCGCUCAGUUUUUUACAUUUCCUUUUCGACGAAGGAAACAACGAUAUACGAUAAAUCCACCGGAUGAAAAUUACAAUGUUAUAUAUUUGGGAAAUGUGCUUACUAUUAUGGCUAAAGGUGACGAAUGUGUGGAAAAACCUCUCAAUCUUAUGUGGAAGACAUAUUGCAGUAAGCAAAGAGUUGAUUUAUCGAUGAAACUUUCCAUUACUCGUUCUGGUUUAAAGGCAGAGACAAAACAACUUGGAGUAACUGAAUACUGGGCUCACCGAAUCACUUACUGCGUUGCUCCAUCCGAUUAUCCACGCUUAUUUUGCUGGGUGUAUAAACAUGAAGGGAAAAGGAUGAAACCAGACCUCAGAUGCCAUGCAGUUUUGUGUAAAAGGACAUCUGAUCCAUUUAUAAUGGAACGUCGUCUUAUUGAAUAUUUACAAACUGCUUUACAGUUAACAAGCUUAAAAAAAGAAAAUAUAUCAAUAUCAAAAUAA